AUGAUGCAGGAGCCCCCGCCCGAGAUCUCCAUCCCUUCUACGUCAGUCGUCACCGACCCAGCGAACCCAAACAAGCCCUACACCCUCUACAAUAUCACCCUUGCUCUCCCGAUGCGCACUUACGUUAUCCAGAAGCGCUACUCCGAGUUCGCAACGCUGCAUCAACAGCUGACCGCGCUGGUUGGUACUCCUCCGCCGGCGCCGUUGCCUGCGAAAUCGUGGUUCCGGUCGACAGUGAACUCACCCGAGUUGACCGAGCAGCGGCGACAGGGACUGGAGAAGUACCUUCGGGCGAUUGCCGAGCCACCGGAUAGACGAUGGAGAGAUACGGCGGUGUGGAGGGCAUUUCUGAAUCUGCCUGCUGCGCCGUCGUCGAUGUCGGUCAGGAGUUUGGAUGGGGGCGCUAGGGGGUUUGGUUCGAUGAGGGGAAUAAGCGGGGAAGAAGACUUCCUGAUGGCGUCCAGGGACCCGGGUUCCUGGCAGGAUGUGAUGGAGAGGAUGAAGAAGGCGUUGAGGGAUGCUAGGGCUGCGGUAGAUAGGAGGGACAAUCUGACGGAUAAUACGGAGAGGAUUCGGGCGACGAAUGAGGCUGUUGAGGCGCUUAGUAAGGCAGGGAAGUUGGCUGAGGCUUUGGGGGAGGGUUUGAAGACUCUCAAGGAGGAGGGCAGGAUUGGGCCUGGUGAAUGGAGGACACGGCUGGAUGAGCUUAACAACGCCAAGCAUCGGCGUGAUGAACUCAAUCAACUUGUCUCCCGCGCGGGCAGGUCAGGUCAUCCGACUGAUAAGCAGCGUACAGCGAUCUUCGACAACAUCCCAGCGCCGGCUCCACGCAAACAGGGCCGUGUUCUCGGUGCCCCGCGCCAGGAGACCGACGAGACCCGCGAGCGGGACAAUCGCGGCGUGCUGCAACUCAACCAGCAGAAGCUGGAUGAGCAAGAAGAGUAUGUCAAGGACAUCGGCGUGCACGUUCGUCGACUUCGACACCUGGGGACAGAGAUCUACAACGCAAUCGAGCAAAGCAAGGACGAUCUGGACACCCUCGACCAGGGCCUCACGAGGCUCGGGAAUGGGCUGGACAAGGCCAAGGCUCUGGAAAAGAAAGUUAGUGGCAGAUGA